CAGCGUCCGAGCUAAAGCUCUCUGUUAGGACAGAUAUGCCAUUAACAAAAUCCCUCUCCCUCUCCCUCUCUUUUUUUAAAUCUUAGGAAUAGUAGACUAAAAAAGAGUUUCUGCGUUAGCAUCAUCGUCAAAAAGGACGGAAGCUGAAUAGGGCUGCUGCUGCAGAAUAUGAGAGUCUUACCACUACUCACCUAAAACCUAAUUACUAUGCUUUCUUCAAAUGUUUCAUUUUCUAUAUUAACAAGUAAAGUUGCAUUCCACUCUGCAACCCGUUUCUUUUUCUCCGUUCCCGCCAGAGAUAAAUAGUCAAUUAAACAAUGUCGAAUUCCUCUAACUACUACUCUUCCCUGCUAAAACUUUGCUGCGAAACCCGAAACCAAACACAAGCCAAGAAGCUCCAUUGCCUCAUAAUCAAGUCCUUAACAAACCCAGAAACCUUUCUCUAUAACAAUCUCAUCAACGCUUACAGUAAAUUAGGCAAUGUAACCUAUGCACGCCAUGUGUUUGACAAAAUGCCUCAACCUAACUCAUUUUCAUGGAACACCAUGCUUUCUGCUUAUUCGAAAUCUGGGGAUUUAUCAACAAUGCAAGAGAUCUUUAGUAUCAUGCCAAAUCGAGAUGGGGUCUCUUGGAACUCGCUUAUUUCUGGGUAUGUGUGUUAUGGCUCAGUCGUGGAGGCUGUUAAAACUUAUAACUCGAUGAUGAAAGAUGGAGUUUUAAAUUUGAACAGGAUUACAUUUUCUACUAUGCUUUUGUUGGUGUCGAGUCAAGGGUGUGUCGAUUUGGGUAGGCAGAUUCAUGGGCAGAUUGUGAAAUUUGGGUUUGGGGCUUAUGUUUUUGUAGGGAGUUCUUUGGUGGAUAUGUAUGCUAAAAUGGGGUUAGUUUCUGUGGCAAGUCAGGUUUUUGAUGAGGUUCAAGAGAGGAAUGUGGUGAUGUAUAAUACAAUGAUUACAGGGCUUCUGAGAAGUGGGAUGGUAAAGGAUUCGAAGAGGCUGUUUCAUGGUAUGAAGGAAAGAGAUUCCAUUUCGUGGACAACAAUGAUCACAGGGCUUAUACAAAAUGGAUUGGAGGCCGAAGCUAUGGAUUUGUUUAGAGAUAUGAAGCAAGAAGGGAUGGCGAUGGAUCAGUAUACGUUUGGUAGUGUGUUGACUGCAUGCGGAGGGCUUAGGGCUUUGAAAGAGGGAAAGGAAAUUCAUACUCUUAUAAUUAGGAGUGGAUAUAACCAUAAUGUCUUUGUUGGUAGUGCUCUCGUUGACAUGUAUUGCAAGUGUAGAAGUGUACGGUACGCGGAAGCAGUGUUCAAGAGAAUGGCAAAUAAGAAUGUUGUAUCAUGGACUGCUAUGUUAGUGGGUUAUGGCCAGAAUGGGUUCAGUGAAGAAGCUGUCAGGGUUUUUUGUGACAUGCAAAGAAAUGGGAUUGAGCCAGAUGAUUUCACUUUAGGAAGUGUUAUUAGCUCAUGUGCAAAUCUAGCUAGCUUAGAAGAAGGUGCACAAUUUCAUUGUCAAGCCCUAGUGUCUGGGUUGAUUUCUUUUAUAACAGUCUCCAAUGCGCUCAUUACUUUGUAUGGUAAAUGUGGAAGUAUAGAAGAUUCCAAUCAGCUGUUUGAUGAAAUGAGCUUCAGGGAUGAAGUUUCUUGGACUGCUUUGGUUUCAGGAUACGCACAAUUUGGAAAAGCCAACGAGACAAUUGAUUUAUUUGAAAGAAUGCUGGUCCAAGGUUUAAAACCUGAUGCUGUUACAUUCAUUGCAGUCCUCUCAGCAUGCAGUAGAGCGGGGUUGGUAGAGAGAGGACAACAGUAUUUUGAAUCAAUGCUGAAGGACCAUGGAAUAAUUCCUUUUUCUGAUCACUACACCUGCAUGAUUGACCUUUUUGGUCGAGCAGGAAGGUUAGAAGAAGCCAAAAAUUUUAUCAACAAGAUGCCUUUCAGUCCUGAUUCAAUAGGUUGGGCAACUUUGCUGAGCUCUUGCAGACUUUAUGGCAAUGAGGAAAUCGGCAAAUGGGCAGCCGAGUCUCUUCUAGAACUAGAUCCCCAGAACCCUGCAGGCUAUAUCUUGCUCUCCAGCAUCUAUGCUGCUAAAGGAAAAUGGAGCAAUGUGGCCCUACUAAGGAGAGGAAUGAGAGAAAAGGGAGCAAGAAAGGAACCAGGAUUCAGUUGGAUCAAGUAUAAAAGCAAAGUUUAUAUUUUCUCCGCAGAUGACCAGUGAAGUCCCUUUUCUGAUCAGAUAUAUGCUGAGCUGGAGAAACUAAACCACAAGAUGAUAAAGGAGGGGUAUGUUCCAGAUGCAAGUUCAGUUCUUCAUGAUGUUGAAGAUUCAGAGAAAAUGAAGAUGCUUAACCACCAUAGUGAGAAGCUUGCUAUUGCUUUUGGGUUAUUAUUUAUUCCCCAUGGCCUUCCUAUACGAGUGGUAAAAAAUCUGAGGGUGUGUGGGGAUUGCCACAAUGCAACUAAAUAUAUUUCCAAGAUUUCUCAGAGAGAGAUACUUGUAAGAGAUGCUGUCAGGUUUCAUUUAUUUAAAGAUGGAACAUGUUCAUGUGGAGAUUUCUGGUGAUAUGCUUCUGUUACAGUUCAAAGCUGUGUGAACAAGAUUAAAACCCAGCAUGCACCAGAGGUUAACCAAGAUCAAGAUUUUUUGUGAAGUGGGACCGUGAUGAUGCCUGCUCUGCAGGAGUAUCACUAAAGUUCUUGAGGAAUCCUUUUUUCUCUAUCUAGGAUUCUAGAAGAAUGUCUUUAUUAUCUUGAAAAAAUCAAGGAUCCGUGAUAGUAAAAAAUGCUGGUUGAAGAGAAGCUGGUUAAAGUGAAAAAAGAAAAAAAGGCAUGAUAGAUGGCAACCUCAGUAUGGGAUUAGAGAAGCUAAGAAACCCGCAACUUGCUACAUAUGUCAAUUACUUCAGCUACAGGAGCCCAAUCACCAAAGUUCCUUUCAAUAAACUGAUAAGCUAUGCCACUCUUAUCCCUUCCAACUAUAAAGAGGCCACCCUUUAUUUCACCUUCUCCUUUGAAGUUUUGAUCAAUUCCCAUAGCUUUUGCACGCUUGUAAUUUGCAAUAGCUCGGGGGUUGAAAAUAAAUCCUGAUAUAAAUUUGUCCUUAAGCAGCUGCCCACCACCAAGAGCUUUGAAGAACUCCACACUCCUAUCGAAGAGCACAACACCACCCCAAUAUCGAGGCCUGAAGUCUUUUACCUGCAGGCCAACAAUAGCACAUCAAUUUUCCAGAGAGAGAGUUGAUUAGAUUGUGAAGCUGAAAUUCUCUGGAUACCUCUGACUCUAUAUGUUCAUGGAGAACUGCAAAUAAUCGAAUUCCCAGUGCAUCAAAUAUGGGUUUUUUGGCAUAAAGCUGGUGAGCUUCAGCCCUGCACAUGAUGCACCUGUUUUGAAAUUCACAAGUAAAAGAAAUGUCAAUGUCAUUGCAUAAAGGACAGCUGACCAUUCUUGAAAGUUGAUUUAUCCAUGUUAUUGGGUAGCUCUAAGACAUUCAAGUUGAAAUAUUUUUCAGUACCUAUUGAAUGAGGUUUUGAUUUCUUAAGUUUCCCACUUGUUACCCUCUCAUCCAAUUGUUAUGUGUGAUUACUCUAAUAAACUCAUACAGUUUGCAAA